AUGACGCGCAAUAACUCAGCUGCUGUCAAUCACGUUAAUCAGCGUCGCGCAGACGCGGAAUUUCGUUUGUAAACUUUAGAUCACGUUUUAUUUGGUUAGUGUUGUAUUUUCUCGGCGGGAAAGAGCAUGUCCCCUCCAGUGACACGAGCGAGCUCCAGACUGGCGCAGGCUCGGCGGAGAGCGGCGCCGUAUUCACUGCGCUCCAGAGCCCCGUUAGGAAACGCGUCCAAUGUGAUCGGUGUUCACCGAGCUGCAGACGAGCCGAAGAGACAAAAAACUGCACGUGUAAAGAAGGACAAUGCCAAAACGAAGCAUGCAGCAGUGAAACCUUCUUCAACAGAGAACCGGAGCAUCUCUGAGGUGUGUGACACGGUCAAGCAGCCUGUGCCACACACUGAUGUCUGUCUGGACUCCGAGCAUCUUCAGAAACGGGCUGAUGCUCCUCAGGCUUUCUCCUGCCUGUUGCUCAACAUCCCAGAUGUGGAUUCUGCAGAUGCUGGUGAUGCUCAGAUGUGCAGUGAAUAUGUGUGCGACAUCUACACUUAUUUACAACAGCUCGAGGUUGAGACGGCCAUCAGGCAGCGUUAUCUGGAAGGUCAGGAGGUGAGCGGUGACAUGCGAGCGAUCAGCAUCGACUGGCUCAUGCAGGUCCAGAGAGAGUUCAAACUGCGGCAGGAGACCCUCUUCAUGACCGUCAGCAUCAUCGACAGCUUCCUUCAGAAUAACCCGGUGCCCAAGAGGUAUUUGCAGCUGGUGUGUGUGACUGCAAUGCUGUUGGCAUCAAAGUAUGAGGAGAUUUACCCGCCCACGGUGGGAGACUUUGCGUUCGUGACGGAUGGAGCAUACAGCUGUGGAGACAUACGGAGGAUGGAGCGAAUCAUCUUAAAGCGCUUAAACUACAGCCUCGGCCGCCCCAUCCCUUCUCUCUUCCUACAGAGGGCCUGUAAAGUUGGACAGGCCGGUCGGAGCGAGCGUGAGCUGGCGGCGUUCCUGAUGGAAGUGGCCGCUCUGGACUAUGAUCUGGUCCACGUUCCUCCGUCGCUCGCGGCUGCGGCUGCGUCUGCAGCGUCUCGGAGGAUUCUUGGCUCCGGCCCGUGGAGCGUGAGUCUGCAGCAUUACACCGGCUACAGCGAGGAGACUUUAGCUCCGGUGAUGCAGGCCAUCGUACGGACGCUGGGGAAGGUUACUGACCAAUGCAAGUUGCAGGAGAUUAAGAGCAGGUAUGUGAAGGUUUCUUCAAGCAUCUGCAAGGUCGAUGUCGACAGAUUCUCCAGUGAUCUUUGGUGCAAAGAUUGGUUUUAGUUUUGAUGCACUUGAAGAGUUUUUAGGCACUUAAACUUAUUUGUAUCUGGUUUUAAUUAUGCCUUUUAAUCCAUGCUUUUGUUGCAUAAAUGUAUUAUAUCAAAGUAAAGGGUCUAUACUAUGCUGUAUGAAUGAAAGCCACUGAAUGAACGGAUGCAUUUACAUAAAUGUAAGUCUGCAUUUGAUACCGAUAUGGUCAAUAAAUGUGUAUUCAUUUGAUUACAAAAUCCAUGCAAUUGUAUCUUCUACCUUUAAUUGAAAACUAUUGUGAAUAAAGACUGAACUGUAGUCCAGAGUC